UCUAGACACAUUGACUACCUUCUCAAUAUUUUAACUGACUUUGGGAUCCUCGAUUAAAAAGACAUCAUAGGCAGCCGCGUUGUCAAACUCUGUUUAUCCGUAACAUUUUUGAACUGAAUAAGCUCGUUUAAAUUUAUUUCUGAAGCGUCGUAAAUACAGGCUCUUGUAUAAUCUUCAAUCUAUAUGGACAAGACUCGAACUUCAAAAAAACGCCGAACUCUUGAUUAUGUCGAUACUGAGAUUAGUAUGACAUGAAAUAACAAUAUGUGUUCAACGUUAUAAUAAUGAAUGACAUUAUAGCAAUCUAGAAAUUUACACAUAUCAUUAUCAACAGUCAUUAACUCAUACGUGUAUUUACUAAUUAGGGCUUCGUAAGUUCACACUUUGUUUUAGCCAACGUUGUUAUAGUAAAGAGUUCCGAGUAUUUGAUUUAUCUUAAAUGUCAACAUUGGCUAAACCGUCAAUAAAAUAUCAACCUCCUGACUGGUUCACAAACUCUUUCGCAUUAAGUACUAAUUCUCAACGUCAGAGAGAGGCAUCAGAGCAAAUAAGACAAGAAACACGUUCUUUACGCCUAGCAGCUGCUCUUAAAACAAAAUGGGAUGAAUUUAACAACACUACAAGACUUGCAGACAGAAUUGAUGCGAUAAAAGACUUGAAAGAUGUUUUGGAACUGGCUCACUCGCAAUUAGAUGCGGAAAUAUCGAUGGUCAACCUAGGGAAAGAGGUAGUUGAGGAACAAAUGAGAAAUAUAAUAACACCCAAAGAAUGCGUUACAGAGUGUCUCACACUUAGGGACAGACGCAAAAAAAUAGACAACAUUGAGGAUGCACCGGAGAUUCAGUUAAAGAAAGAAAAAGAGGUGAUUGAUAAAUCCAAUAAAAGACUUCAGCAGAAAGUGGAUGAGGCAUUUGAACAAAUGGUUCUUCUUAAAGAGGCCAGACAACAAAUAUUACUCGACCUACAGGAUAAGCAUGCUGCUAUGGACAUUGACAUCCAACAGUACAAACUGACACAUACCUGUCCAGGAGUUUCUUUCAAGCUCAAUCCAACACGAAUUCCAAAAGGAACAACUACUCCACAACAAUGGGAAGAAUUCACAAGGUACAACUGGCAGAGAGCUCAGGCGGAAAUUCGCUCGGGACAGAGAUUACGUGAAGCGAUCUAUCUAACACUAUGCCAAGUUUCGAAUGACUUAGAGGCUCAAGCUCAAGCAACAGAAUUUGCAUUGAGACAAAGAAAACAUGAUUUUGAACAAGCCCUCGAUGAAUUAAAAUGGCAAAAGAAACAGAUUGAAGACGAAAUGGCUGAAAUGGAAAACGAUUUAGAUCAACUUGAGAAAGCUAUUCAAGGCCUAAUACCAAUGGGAAAACUUGCACAAACAAGACUUGAAAGACGAACAUAUCGUCCAGGUGUUGAAUUAUGUCGUGAUUCUGUUCAAUAUGGUUUAACUGAUGAAGUAAGACAAAUUGAAUUGACAAAUGAAGCCUUAUUAGAGAAACAACGUCAAGCAAGACAUGCGCUAAAUGCUUUACAUAAACAAUUAAAUCGUAUUAAUGAUGAUAUUACAUUAAAAGAGGAAAGUCUUCAAAUAGAGAAUGAUUGUUUAAAUUUACGUCAUCAACGUAUGGAUCGUAAACAACCUGAAAAAGAUUUUAAUCCAAAUGAAAUGGAAUCACAUAAAUCUGAAGUAAAAUUUGUUAAUAAACCACCAACAUUUAUUGAACGUCAGGUAGCUGAGAAACUUCUUGCAUAAGAGUGAACUGUUUAAAAGUUGUUGUUUGUUUCUAAAGGAAAUGUAAAAAUGAUGAUGAUGAUGAUGAUUACAUUUUAAUUAUUAAACCUUCUUGAGUUUCAUGUUUAGAAUAUACUUAAUUCUUUUGUUAUUUA